GAACCUGCCCCUUCCCCCGGGGCGGAGCGCGGCCCGGCCCCGCCUGCCCCGGCCCCGCCCGUCCCGGCCGCGCCGCUCGCUCCGUGCCUUCGCCAUGGCUUUCGCCACCCGCCACUUCGUUCGCGCCGCCUCCUCCGACGCCGCCACGGCGGCCGCCAAGAAGCUGAUCAUCAAGCAUGUCACGAUCAUCGGCGGCGGCCUGAUGGGCGCCGGCAUCGCCCAGGUUGCAGCAGCCAGUGGUCACACUGUGGUGUUAGUUGACCAAUCAGAUGAAAUCCUUAAAAAGUCUACAAAAGGAAUUGAAGAGAGUUUGAAGAGAGUGACAAAGAAGAAGUUUGCAGAUAAGCCUGAGGAUGGUGCUGAGUUCAUUAAGAAGACCUUGAAGAACCUCACAACAAGCACAGAUGCAGCAUCAGUGGUCCACAGUACGGAUUUGGUGAUAGAAGCCAUUGUGGAGAACCUGGAAGUUAAAAAUGAACUCUUCAAGACGCUGGAUAAGUUUGCUCCAGAGCAUACGAUAUUUGCAAGCAACACUUCAUCCUUGCCGAUCACAAAGAUGGCAAAUGCAACCACCAGGCAGGACAGAUUUGGUGGUCUCCAUUUCUUCAACCCUGUGCCUAUGAUGAAGCUUGUGGAGGUCAUCAAGACUCCAAUGACCAGCCAAAAGACUUUUGAAUCACUUGUGGAUUUUAGUAAAGCAGUAGGAAAGAGUCCUGUCAGUUGUAAGGAUACUCCAGGGUUUAUUGUAAACCGUCUCUUGGUGCCAUAUAUGAUGGAAGCUGUUCGACUUUUUGAGAGAGGAGAUGCAUCAAAGGAAGAUAUUGAUGUUGCUAUGAAGCUUGGGGCUGGCUAUCCCAUGGGUCCAUUUGAACUGCUGGACUAUGUUGGGUUGGAUACCAGUAAAUACAUUAUAGAUGGAUGGCAUUCAUUAGAGCCCAACAAUCCUCUUUUUGCACCCAGCCCACUCCUGAAUAAACUGGUAAAAGAAAAGAAGCUGGGUAAAAAGACUGGAGAAGGAUUUUACAAAUACAAAUGAACUCUGGACUUCAAGAGGUGUUAAGCUAUCUGUAUGUGCUAUUCAGCAUUGCCAUAAUGCAGGUGUUUAAACCUUUCCAAGAAGGUACAAGCUGCAUUUAGAACAAAACUCACCUGUGAACUGAGUGAUUGCACUACUUAACCAUGGUCAAAGCUUGAUUUGGUAGAUUGUUUUUUUUCUUUUAAUUCCAAAAGCUUUCUAUGUACAGUGCCUUCAUGAAUUGUUGAUCUUUCUCAGGUGCAGUACAGAAUGACAAGUGAAUUUAUGUAUUUGAAACAUUAUUAUAUUGAUGGGGAAAAUCCUAAAAAUAACCUCACUUUCAUAAAAAUAAAAUUUUCAACAAUUCUGUAUUGAGUGUGCAGGCUUGCAGUUGUGUCUCAGCUGGAGCCCACAGGGUGGCAGUCUCUUCCCAUGCUGGCAAAUGCAGCCUGGAAAGGAGUGGGUUGUUUUGUUAGGAUUUUCUGAAGUGCACUGCUAAUCUGUAGAUGCAAAUUACAGUGCCUUGAACAAUAAUGUUUUGAAGUACAUAUUUUAAAAUAAAGAGUCCCACAAUUGCAGGCUCUUUCCAAACAGAAGGUUCCCAAUAAAGCAUUUAAAAGCAGA